CUUCAAUUCACGGAAACGUCUUAAUUCUAGUUAUAAUAGUAUCUUAGACAAUAUAUGGUUUAAUUGUAUCUGAACACGUUGUCGUGUCACCACACACCGCUUAUAGGAAACGUUGUUGUUCGUGCACAUGGGCCGUGUGUACGGAGGUCGUGGACGGUGUAGUAGUUGUGUGGUUGUCGGAACGGACGGUGAAGCAGGAUGGACUUGAGAAGAAAGUGAAGUUUAACAUGGAGAUUGAACCAGGAAGGCGCGUUGAAGGUGACGGACAUGGCGAGAUUGAAGAGGAUAAUGAAAAAUCAUCAUGGCUGCAACAGGAAAAGGAAGAGUUACCUCCACCUGACGACACGCUCGUGUCAAAGUUCACGUCCUGUCGAUGGGCCAUUGCUUACAUGAGUGCCAUGGCGUCAGUCCUGCUGAUAACGUUACGUCACUGUCUCAGUAUGGCAGUAGUGUGCAUGGAGGUGGAUGUCGGCGAUGUUGCAAAUUCUACAAUCAACACAACAACGUCGACAGGGUUUGCCAACGUUACAGCAGGGUACGGCUACAUUACUCUGUCGCAGAAUAUAUCGGGUGGAAACCUCACUGACCGCCCUACAACCCCCUCCAGCAUGUACAAAACCAACCCCUACUUUUCCCGAGACCUGGAGGGCGUAUUAUUUUCAAGUUAUUACUAUGGUUACCUAACCACGCCCUUUGUAGGCGGGUUUCUGGCAGCAAGGUUUGGACCGAAGAAAAUGAUUGGUUUAUCUCUGAUCACGUGUUCCCUCAUCACGCUUUUGCUGCCAAUGGCGUUCCGGGUCAACUUCUACCUGGCCGUGUCACUUAGGGUCACCCUGGGUUUUGCGUCGGGUGUUGUUCUGCCGUCACAACAAGUAUUAUGGUCUCACUGGGCUCCCAUAAAGGAGAAGGCCCAGCUUGCUGCUUUCACCAAUUCGGGAGUCAACAUCGGGAGCAUCAUAGUGACCGUGGGGUCCGCCAUGAUCUGCGGGGUCCCGCUCGACGAGGGCUGGCCCUUCAUCUUCUAUGUAUACGGAGGGUGUGGCUGUGUGUGGCUGGUCCUGUGGGUGGUGGUCGUGUUCGACUCCCCGGAGUCACAUCCCCGGAUGACUGACAGGGAGAAACGCAUCAUCUACUAUAUGAAAACAACAAAAACAACAUCUGUCAAGGCACCGUGGAAAAAGAUCGUGAGAUCGCCGCCGUUCUGGGCGCUGGUGACACUCCACUUCUCUGAAGCAUGGGUGCUGACGUCGAUGACGACGUUCAUACCGCUGUACAUGGAUGAUGUCCUCAAGUUCAGUAUCAAGGAGAACGGCAGCUUGUCUUCACUUCCUUUCAUCGGCCGGUUUAUUGGAGCCAUACUCUCUGCCUACGUUGCGGACAACCUGCUGAUCAAGGGUUACCUGUCCACCACCGUGACCCGGAAGUUGUUCCAGACUAUAGGUUCCGUGGUUCCGGCAGCCAUGUUGAUCGGAGUUGGGUUCCUGAAUUCUGACCAGAGAAUGCUGGCAGUGGCGCUUUUAACUCUGACGAUGACGUCCCACUCAACCACAAUGGCGUCUUUCAGGGUCAACUACUUUGAUAUAGCCCCAAGGUACUCUGGGCAGAUUAUGGGAGUGACGCUGAGUGUUGCUAUCAUAGGGACCAUCAUCAACCCCCUGAUAACGUCGUCCAUGACGCUGGAUAAAAGUCAGGAACAGUGGCAGAAAGUGUUCUUUAUAACAGUGGGAAUCGUCCUUGCUUCUGACGUCAUAUUCCUGGUGUUCGGCAGUGGCCAGGAACAGGACUGGGCUAAGGAGAAGCCAAGAGAGCCAGAAGACCUUAAACAGGAAGCGGCUUAGAAUGUUCUA